UUUACCUGUGGUCAGGGGUGAACCAUCACCCAAGCGUUGCUAUCGUAUCCGCACGUAAUAUGUUUACAGGAAAAUGUCGGCUGUAUUUGCUCAACGGGGAAUUAGCUCAAAUGGUAGAGCGCUCGCUUAGCAUGCGAGAGGUAGCGGGAUCGAUGCCCGCAUUCUCCACAGCUCUUUUCUUGUGUCUCGAAUAAUAAUACAUAAAAUACAAUGAAUGCAUUUUACGGAUAUUUUAUCACUUUGACGACGACUUUUAAAUUCUGCUACUGAUGUAAAAAAAAUGUUUGAAAAUACCAUAAUACUGUCAGCAUUGAGUUCAAUGGCAAAAUGUACAAUACGUGGGAAAAAAAAAAACAUUACUUACCUUUUUAAUACGGUGUCGAUACUGUAAGAAGUCUGGCCUUUGUUGCUGCACAAAAUGGCAUCGUGUGAGGCAAACUUGACAUUAUGUGUUUUUAAAAAAACUUAACAAGGUGUGCCGUAUUUGAUAUAUGACGAAUUUGACACAUACGUAAAAUAUAAUCAACCUGUGGCUGCCUUCACAUAUCUAAAGAUUCGAUUUUGUUUACGUUUCACCGUGUUCAAACUCGAGACAGGGCGCAACUUUUUUUUAAUUUUUUUUUAUAUAUGUUCCAUAAUUUAAAACAGUGACCAUCUUGCGGAAACGACAACGGCGUCGUAAGGUUCAGCUGCCCGCGUCCGGCCGUUAUCAUUUGCGGGCCGAGCCGGCCGGAGGCCGAGCGCCGCGGACGUGAAGGCGAAGAGCGUCGGCAGCCGGCAGCCGGCAGCUGUCAGCCACUUCCCCUUCUCCGUUUCAAAUAUGGGCACGGUAUAAAUGGCGCUGACGUGAGUGUGCGGUAGCUUCUAAAAACAGACGUGACACCAGCAGCGAGAGAAAGAGAGAGAGAGAAAGAGGAGCGACACGCACCCGGACAAAAGCCGCCGAGGCCUCGUACUUUUGGGGCCUGGUGUUGUUUACGUAACGCGGUGUUUUUCUGACAUUGACCACCAUUUUUUUUGCGUGUGUGUGCGUCUGGGAAGCGUGACGGACGCCAUGGAGAAUCUGGAGAAGCAGCUGGUUUGCCCCAUAUGCCUGGAAAUGUUUACGAAGCCCGUGGUCAUCCUGCCCUGCCAGCACAACCUCUGCAGGAAAUGCGCCAACGACGUCUUCCAGGCCUCCAACCCGUACCUGCCGACCACCCGGAGCGGCUCGCUGGCGUCCGGCGGCCGCUUCCGGUGCCCGUCCUGCAGGCACGAGGUGGUCCUGGACCGCCACGGCGUCUACGGGCUGCAGCGGAACCUGCUGGUGGAGAACAUCAUCGACAUGUUCAAGCAGGAAUCCGGCAGCGGGAGCGCGCCGGCGCCCGAGCGCAAGGAGGCCGCAGCGCCCAUGUGCGACGUCCACAAAGACGAAAAGAUCAACAUCUACUGCGUGAGCCACAAUGUGCCCACGUGCUCCAUGUGCAAGGUCUUCGGUACCCACAAGGACUGUCAGGUGGAGCCCAUCAACAGCAUCUACCAGACCAAGAAGGUGAGCCGCAAACGCAAAAUACCCCGUCGAAAGUACGUAAGCAACCUCGAUCCCGCACAGACGGAGCUGAACGACGGCAUCGCCAUGAUGCUGGGAAACAACGACCGGUUGCAAGGGAUCAUCAGUCAACUGGAGGAGGCCUGCCGCGCCAUCGAGGUCGGUGCCCGUCGCGUGCGGCGCCCAUCUUAUAUGUCACCCGCUUUGAGUUUCCGUCCGCCCCGAGAGGCAAAUAUUCUCACUGUGCUCUGCGUCUUUCCCUUUUUAUAUCCGUUCUCGCACCUCCGCAUUCUUACUACAACGUGUUAGUCCGCCUCUGGCCCCGCGACGGCCUGGCAAAGUCGUUCACGCGCGACGGCCGUCACUUCCUGAUGCGUGACGCCGCCGCCUCGGUUUUAAAAGCGGGAACGGCGAGUUUUUACAGACUAGCAGCUAUUGGGUUUCGUUUUAGCUGAAAGAACUUUUAAGGGGGCAGCCCUGUCGCAAUGUCAAGUCCAGA